AGGCCGAAGCCAAAGCCGCCAAAGUAGAUUUUAGUUCAAGUUCAUCUAUUUCAUAUUUUUGAGAGCCAUAUUUUGUUUAUUAAAAAAAAAACUAAAAUGAAUGCACCGCCAACUUUUGAAUCGUUCCUACUUUAUGAGGGUGAAAAAAAAAUCGUAAAAGAAUUGGAUACCAAAGUGACUAACGCAGCAAUUUUUACUGUAAAUAAAGAGGACCAUACUCUUGGGAACAUGAUCAGAAAUCAGUUGCUGAAGGAUCCCAAUGUUCUUUUUGCUGGUUACAAAGUACCUCACCCGUUGGAGCAUAAAUUCGUCAUUAGAAUACAAACAACUCCUGAUUACUCUCCCCAAGAAGCUUUUAUGAACGCAAUAACUGACUUACUUGCGGAACUAUCCUUAUUUGAAGAGCGUUUUAAGGAAGCGAUUAAAGAGAAGAAAGAAGGCGGCGAUUAAAACCAUAAUAAAACAUCAAAUUGUUUUCAAUAAAAAGUACUGUCAAAGGCAAAGCUUUAAAAAUAAAAAAAUAAGGAAAGUGCUGCUCAAAAUUGCUUCUUUGACAAAGAAAAAAUUAGAAUUUAUUUAAAUAAAAACAAAACUAGUUUUAAUUUGAUAUUAAAAUAAAAUUAUUUUAUAAAAAACUGCAA